GCAGCGCUAAUAGUUGGCAGCACGGAAGGCAGUACAAAGAGAACACUGGAGGCACUUGCAGUUGCAGUAGUAUCCUUGGAGGCUGUGGCAUGCUCAGUGAGCUGCAGGGGCACUCCUGACACAUUCAGCUACUUGUGUGGAGAAGUAGGAAUUCCAGCAGGCUGUAACAAGCAGAUGUAGGCUACAAGCCGACAGGUAUACUAGCUGUAGCUCAAGCUGGCUAAAAAACAGUACUCAUGCUGCUAUGUAAACAAAACAAGAUCUUAGAUCAAGAUGGCCGACCUGGGAAUCUACUUGUAGAUAAUACUUUAUGCAAAUGAGCUGCAUGUCAGUGGCUUACUCAGAGAAGGAAGCUCAUUUUGCACGUGCCAUCUUCUUGCCAGGGUCAAGAUGGAUAGCACAGAUGAACCUCAGAAAAAAGUCUUUAAAGCGCGAAAAACAAUGAGAGUAAGCGAUCGACAACAACUUGAAGCUGUCUAUAAGGUUAAAGAGGAGCUGUUGAAGACAACUGAAGUGAAACUGUUAAAUGGAAAACAUGAGAAUGGAGAUUCUGAUUUAAAUUCCCCUUUAAGCAAUUCAGACUGUAUGGAGGACAAGAAGGAAGUUAAUGGCAUAGUUGACUUGUGUGUUAACUCUGAAGAAGAAAGAACAGCUUCUGAUGAAACUAGUGAGGCCAAAAGCCCUGAAAGUAGGACAGGAAACAUAGUCAGUGACAUAGAAUCCAAACCUCUAACGCUGUCUCCAGAAAAUACUACUCCUGAGCAAGAUAAAGAUACUGUUACUGCAGUAGCUUGUGAGGCAGAAAAUGGAGUGCUUGGUAGCAAUAAAGACAACUUCCAUGAACAAAAUAAUACAAAAGAUCAUUUGGACCAAAGAAAGAGUGACAUCCCAUUGGAAGCUGAAAGUAAAUCAGUCGAUGAUACUACUGACUCUUCUGAAGAAAAGGGAGAAACAAAUAAUAUAACUGUUAAUUCCAGUUCACCUAGUGGGGAAAAGAGGACUGAAGUAGUUACUGUUGAAGAGGCUGUUGGAGAAGCAGCCAUCUCUAGCAGUAUGGAAGCUGACCAGGAAAAACAAGAGGGCAGUGCAGGUCUUUCAGAAACCGCUGUUCCGAAGACAUUAGAUGAGCCAAGUCAAAGUAUCUUGGACAAUACUGACUCUAUGGAAACAGAUGAAAUUAUUCCAAUUUUGGAAAAACUAGCCCCUGCUGAAGAUGAUCUGAGCUGUUUUUCUAAAAGUUCUCUGCUUCCAGUGGAUGACACAGCCCCAGAUUUGGAAGAGAAAAUAGACAACUGUUUGGGUUCACCAUCCAAGCAGGAAAGCAAUGAAAGUCUGCCAAAAGAGGCUUUCUUAGUAUUGUCUGAUGAAGAGGAUCCCUGUGAUGAGAAAGAGGAACGGGUUGAAGGGGUAGUGUCAAACAAGUCAAGUCUUCCAGAAGAGGUGAAGGAGGAGAGAAGAAAUGAGAGUGAGGAGAAUAAAGAAGGAGAAGAGGCCCACAAAGAAGAGAAACAAACAGAGAAAAGUGAUGCACUAAAGAGAAAGCGUUCCAAAUCUGAGGACAUGGAUGAUGUUCAUUUUAAACAUCGUCGGUACAUGGAAGAAGAUUAUGAGGCAGAACUCCAAGUAAAAAUUACAGCCAGAAAGGAUGUUGACCAAAAAUUACAAAAGGUUAUCCAGAAACUGUUAGAAGAAAAACUUAGCACUUUACAGUGUGUGAUAUUUGACAAGACUCUGGCAGACUUGAAAACCCGAAUAGAGAAAGCUGAAUGUACCAAGAGGCAUAAAACUGCGUUUACUGAACUGCAGGCUAAAAUUGCUAGAUUGACAAAGCGGUUUGGAGCAGCCAAGGAGGACUGGAAGAAGAGACAGGAAAAUUCAGCAAAUGCACCUGCAUCUCCAGGGAAAGCAGCAACUGACACUGCAAAUACAAACAAUGCCACAUAUAGAAAUGCUGGCACAGUGAGGCAGAUGCUUGAGUCAAAGAGGAACGUAGGAGAGAGCACACCAGCAACUUUUCAAGCACCUGUGAGUGCAGUGCCAGCUUCCAGUCUUGCUCCUUAUCCAGCAGUUGUCAGUGGACAUCCUAAGCUUCAAACUCCAGUGACCUCCACCAGCUCUUUGACGACAGCAGUUCUUCCCACAGCUAACACAGCUACGGUUGUAGGCACUAACCAGGUGCCCGCUGGAAGCACUCAGUCAGUGGCUGUCUCACUGCAGUCUUUGCCCGUAAUCUUGCAUGUCCCUGUUGCAGUGUCAUCCCAGCCUCCACUUCUGCAAGGCCACACAGGGACUUUGGUCUCUAACCAGCAGUCAGGCAAUGUUGAAUUUAUAUCUGUACAAAACUCAUCUACAGUUGGUAGCCUUACCAAAACUACAGUGUCUUUGGCAUCAACUAACACAACUAAACCAAAUAGCAUUCCACCUGUGCCCAGUCCUGGUAUUCAAAGGAACUCUACAGCCAGUGCUGGGUCAAUAGGCACAACGUUGGCAGUACAGGCUGUUUCUACUGCACAUCCUGUUGCCCAGACCACAAGGACUUCUUUGCCCACAGUGGGUACGUCAGGACUUUAUACUGCAACCAGCAGUCGAGCGCCCCUACAGAUGAAGAUUCCUGUCUCUGCAUUUAAUAAUACAGCGCCUACUGAACCACCCACCGUUGUAGCACCCAAGAUUGACAGCCAGACAAGCAGGCCACCAACAGAUACUUCGGCAAACAAGCGAGCUGCUGAGGGAACAACACAGCUCUCAGAUCAAAAAGUAGUUCGCUGUGUGCCGUAUACCUGUGGCAUAUUUGAUGGUACAACUUUGAUCAAUUGUUUCGAAAAGCAGUUGAAACAGGAAGAGACUUCAUCAGAAAAUAAAGAAGCAGUAGAAGCAGCACAGACGAAUUUUAACUUCCCUGAGGAUGUCCUCUUUGGCUUGGAGGAAGAGGAAGAGGAUGCUAAGAGCAUCAAAAACACCCACAAGCAGACUGGCUGGGCAGCUAACCUAUUAAAACAGUGGCUGGCCAAAAAUGGCAAGGAUCCUAGCUUUGAAUUGGUCCCAAGCGGGAAGGUCACAGGAAGUGAAUCAGGAGGUGUCAUUGAUCUUACACUGGAUGAAGAGGAUGAUAACUCUUCUCCAGCAGAUGGCAAGAAGCAGAAGCAGAACCAGACACCAGUUACAGGACUGAGCGUACCCACGCAGCCCUUGGCUCGGCCCUUGCAGCCCAGUUUGCCGCCUUUGCAGCCAAACCCUGUGCAGCAGACAGGUGUGCCGACCAGUGGGCCCUCCCAGACCGCUAUACAUGUAUUACCUACAGCUCCGACAACAGUGAAUGUAACUCAUCGGCCAGCGACUCAAACUGCUCCAAAGCUUCCUAUACCAAGAACCCCUGCUAACCAUCAGGUGGUCUAUACCACUAUUCCUGCACCACCAGCUCAGAAUCCUGUAAGAGGAGCUGUCAUGACAAAUCCAGGUUUAAGGCCAGUCAACCCGCAGGCUGGAGGUAUGGCAGUGCGAAUGCCUCAGACAACCUAUGUCGUGAACAACGGGCUGACUCUCGGGUCUGGAGCACCUCAGCUGACAGUGCAUCAUCGACCGCCGCAAGCGCACGCUGAGCCACCACGCCCUGUACAUCCUGCCCCACUUCCAGAGGCACCACAGCCACCACGUCUGCCCCCUGAAGCUGCCAACACUUCUCCGCCUCAAAAGCCACAGCUGAAGCUGGCACGGGUACAGAGCCAGAAUGGAAUUGUGCUGUCAUGGAGUGUCAUGGAGGUGGACCGGAGCUGUGCCAAUGUGGACAGUUACCAUCUCUACGCCUACCACGAGGACCCAAGUGCCACUAUGCCCUCCCAGUGGAAGAAGAUCGGGGAAGUGAAGGCCCUCCCUCUCCCUAUGGCAUGCACUCUUACACAGUUCGUGUCUGGCAGCAAAUACUACUUUGCAGUCCGGGCUAAGGACAUCUAUGGACGCUUUGGACCAUUCUGUGACCCCCAGUCCACAGAUGUGAUCUCUUCUCAGAGCAGUUAAACGGAGAUCUUUGGAGCCUUUAAACCUGCCCUGGUACCAAGAAUUACCCCGGUUUUGGGGGGAGUUGAUCCCAUGCAUGUAAUUCACUUUUAAAUCCACUCUCUGCAGAAUUAUUUUAGACAGUUGUGUGAUACACUACAUGCAAUCAGAACCAAAAGAAAAAUAAAGUGUCACCUGCAGCAAGAGAUCCUGUUUUUUCUGAAUAGUUCAUGUCAUGGGCCAUUUGAAACUUUAAUUUUCGCUUCCAUGACAGCUGUUCCAUAUAGAUACCUACGUACCCUUUAUCCAAGGGCAUCCUGAAUGCCUGGGAUUCUGCUUCUGAGUGGGAACAAAAUAGUAAAUUACAGUUUGUCUGAAGCAAAACACACACAUUUGUACUGGAAGAUUGAGUGGUCUGGUCUUACUUUACAAACUGGAAUGAACUCUCUGAGAGGAGGGAAUGGAACUUCUAGUCUGGCCAGGAACCCAUAUGUAUGUAAAUUUGGAGGUGGUGGGGGGAAAAAAAAAAUCACCCCACAACCUCCUACCUCUUAUAAAUAAGAACGCUCCUCUACUUUCACCAUCCUCCCCCACUUGCCCUGGGAGCAUUCCCAGGUCAUAUCUGACAGUGAAUUGUAGAGCUGCAUUCACACCUCUCUAGUUCAGACAGUUUCUCUGCCCCUCCCCUCAUACAUCCAGCCCUAUUUUUUAGAUUUAUUUUGUGCCUUAAAGAAUAAUUUCAAAAAUAAAAUGUAGCCAGAUACUUUGUGGUGUUCUUUUAUUUGCUUGGAGUUAUUUUUCCCUUUAUCCUUCUAGUCUUUCACUAGUGCUCUUCAUUUUCCAGGCCUGCAGUAAUUAUUAUUUCUGUUAAGACCAGGAAGUGUAACAUCUGCUGAUGCUGAACUCGUUUUUAUCUGCAUUCUAUCUGAGUAUCACUCAACCCUUUCCUCACUGUAAUUCUUGAGCAGUUGUUUUUGUCCUGUCAAGAAUAUUACAGUAUACAGACAGUAUUUUCCACCCGAGCCUUUCCCUGUUCUUUUGGGAAAGCUGUAUGCUGCAAUUCAGCCAAAGAAGAAACCUCUGUGGUGUGGCACUAUGAAAGCUUCUGCCUGUUGGCACUCAGUUUGGAUGUUCAGUGAGUACGGAAAGAGAAGUUGGCUUCCCAGUUGUCUUCUCUCUCUCAGCACCUGCCUGCCUCUGCAGAAAGCCAACACAGCCAAAGGAGUUUAGAAACUAUUUUAGACGCUGGCCUAAACCUUGUGAGUAAUUGCAAAUGUUAGUAGAUGCUUUCAUGAUGCUUCUGAGCUGAGGAAAGAAAAUUGGUGCAUCUGCUCCGCUGUCGUUGACAUGUUAAACUUGCUGUUUGCAGAGCCAAGUUGUAACUCACAUGGACAAGAAAGUGUAUGUAAGGUUUUGAUUUUGGCAAUUUUCAGUUGCAUUCCUGCCCAACAAAACCAAACAGUGGGUUUAGAGGGGAAAGAUUCUUUUUUUUAAUCCAUCGUAUAGCAAAGGUGCAGAAUAUAAUCUUUUUUCAUUUCGAUGCCCUUUUUCUUACAACCAACAUUUUGAAGUGUAAAGCAACGUUGAAAACGUGUCAGAAAAAUUAAAUCCCAAAACAGGACUGGUGAAAUAUACUAUGAGAUUAUGGGUUCUUUAGUUAUGUUCCUUUUGAGAACUUUUAACACUGAAAGAAAUGUCAUUGUAUACUUUUGUCUGUUUUACUGCACUCCAUGUAGCUGGGAUUGUCACUUCUGUCAAGUAAGCAACAGCUAUUCUCGGUAUGGAAACUUGCAUUUAAAGUAUAGCGGUUCUGUUGAUUUGGGCAACCAAAAAAUUUUGGCUAAAUCCAAGUAUCAUCAGAGAAGGUUCACACCAACUCUCAUGUAAGGACGAUUUUCUCUGAACUACAGCGCUCCCUGUAUUUCUGGUGCCAAUAAUCAAAAAUGCCUUGAAUUUUUCUAUGUUUAAUUAAUUUUUUGUCUGCCUAUUUCAAGGAAUAAUUACUUAAUAAUGCAUUUAGUCUAUUUAGUCUAAAGUGGGGUUCUUAUAAAGCCAGUUCUGUAGUAGAGGUUAGAGCAGUUCAUUCCAGUUGAUGGCUGUCAAGUCCUGCUUGGACAAUUUUUUUUUAAUGUGUCUUUGAGGUUGUACCAAAGAGCCCUUGGCCAUAUCAGUACAAUGAAGUUUUACAGUUUUAAAAUUAGACUACAGCCUGGAAUUUAUGCACUUAUUUGUGAUUCCAGCCCAAACAAUAAAUGAGCUUUUCUAUAGUUUGUGCUUGCAUUUAGAUCUUGUUUUUAGGUUUGUCUUGUUUGGGAAAGGCAGGGGGUGCGGGCCCUGCGUUAGAAUUCUUUCUUUCCUUCAGUGAGGUAUUAUUAGGGAUGGUCUGGCAUUCUAUUUGGAGGUUUUGCAGGUUGCAUCCUUAGAGAAAGAAGACUCACCUUUAUUUACUCCAGAUGUAGUUCUUCACUGAAUUGAUUGUGAAAACUGGCUUCUGGCUUAACAGACCCCUUAUGCUACCGAACACGGGUAUUGCUUAGUUCCUUACCUCAUGGCACUUACCCCAUGUGGUGGAGUGGCUGGUUAUUUUAUUAUCCUUUACCUCCUAGAAAGAAUGAAGCUACUGAGAAACUAAAUUUCUGCUAGCAACAAACAAUCAGAAGUAAUUUGUUUCAUUUAUUAGAAUUUAUUUGGAAGUAUUACCAGAAUAUUCAGGAACACUCAUUACAGGUCUGUUACUACUGUGUCUCUAGACUGGUCUCUUCAUUAGCGUCAAUUGCUUGAGCCUUCCAGUAAUCCACUUUUAAAUAUGCUAAAAAGCUGUAUAUGGCUUUUAAGUGGAAGAGUUGGUUUUAGUUUCUUCUCUGCACUUGAUGCAAGGUUUUCCAUCUGACUUUCAGUAGCCUGGUAUAAAGUUGUUCCUGAUUGUGUGUUUUGCUGCUGCCUCUGGGUACACAACAUUUCCGCAGUACUGCCCUGGAUUUAGUUUCCCAUGUUUUAGCAAACACGGCACUGACUCUGCAGCUGUGUUUUCCACCAUUAUUUACUUUCUGGUGUGUUUUAGGUUUUGGUUGUGUGUCACAACAGCCUCUCAAUGUCCAGGCUGAAUGUAAUUUGAGUUAGUCCAUCUACUUGUAGAGGAGCCCUGCUGUGCAGUGCUGAUGGCAAAAUGCCAUUCCUGUCCACUGCAUUUCUCCUAGUUGCAGCUUCACUGGCCUCUUUUAUUUUGCUCUAUGUCUAAAAAAGCUUUAUUGCAUACAAAUAACUAAAGCCGUGGAGGGGGCAGACUGCAAGUGUAGCAUCCUGUACUGCCUGCAGUGGCAGCUUCAGAAAGCACAAGGGUGCAGAGGCAGGUUCCCCUCAGCCUGUCAUUAUUUCUGCCUGUAAUUAUUUCCAUGCUCUGAGCAGCUUCCCUAGGAGUAGCAGUUGGGCUUAGACUUUGCUCCUUUGAAUUAUUUGUACUACCUUUGGCCAUGUUAGAUCACUGAGCACAAGCACUGAGACACUCACCCAUUCCCAAGGUUUUUAGCACUAGGCUGGAAACACCCAUGGUGUUUUCCCUGUAAAAUUAAGGGGUCUUACCCUGCUUCCUUUGAAAACGAAGGCAAAACCCCUUGUGCCUUCACUGGGAGCAUGAUUGGACCAAGGAGUAGAAUCUGAACACCAUUUUGUACUGUAACAAAAACAGUCACUUCAGCCCACCCUUCAUGCUGUUUGUCUUAAAUGUCCAAUAAAUUAAAAUCUGUAUUGUAUGUAGGAAUGAGUCAUGUUUGUUGCUGCUCCCUAAACAGCCAUUCCCCAGGAUGAGUAUUGCAUACACUGUAAAAAAUCAAGCUGUGAUUCUGCCUUCUUAUAAACUCUUUUGAGUAUUUUCCUUUAGUCAAAAAUAUCUAUGCAGAUAUUUUAAAUAGAAGCUUGAUAUAUUAAAUAUAUAUUUUUUUAGUUUUGCUGAUUUGGGUUGGGCUGGGCGUUGUAUGAAAACACUGGAGGGAGAGGAGUUCAAAUGACACUGAGCCAGCCCUGCUACCCAAGUCUGUAUUCCCUUAAAAACAUCUUCUGAGGGGAGAAGGAAAAUAAUAAGGAUAGCUAGGAGAAAGCAAAUGAAUGAUUUUUCCUUUUCAUUCCUUUUAAGUUAAAAAUGCGUCUUUAUUUCUUAUCAUCAUUAUGCAGGCUGAGUAUUCUUUUCUUCUCUUUUAUAUACAUAUACACAUGCAUAUAUAUAUACAUAUAUAUAUAUUUGAAGUGCUGUCUUAAUGAAUUGUAGUUGUAAAUAAGAUAACUGGGUAGUAGCUGUUUGGGGAGUCCUCUUCAGCUUUAGUAAUUUAUUGACUAUUGGGAGUCAAACAUGCAAAAUCCUUUUUUGGGAAACUCCACAUCUGAUUUCUUGUUCUGUUUUGCAGCUGGACUUGUAAAUACAAAAAAACUAAUUUAAUGUCCAAUUUAAACUGGGCAGUUGCCAGCUCUCCCCAUAUUGUAGAUUAGUGUGUGUCUGUAUUAAUUGUAGUGGAGUUUUGUCUGACAAGCCUGAAAUUUAUACUUUGAAAUAAACUUUUGGGUUUUUAA